AUGAGCUCUAUGACACCCAAAAAGGACGAGGAGAUCCAAGUACCGGGGUCUUCGCCUGUUGAAGAUACCAAAGUUGCAUCCUCAUCACCUUUAAAAACCGAUAGCUCGACAGCGGCGCUUUUACGCGACAAGUUCGUCUACAAGCCCUUAGAGAGGCGCGAACUUGGCGCGAACCUGAAAAAUGGUUCUGGCGAUAACGCCAGUGAUAAUUCUGGAGGGCACUCAGAUGCGGACGUUGCAAAACUUAUUAACGAGUACCCAGACUUCUCCGAAACGCUGGUAAAGGCUGUUUUCAAGUCCAAUUCGUACGACUUGAAUUUGACUCGCGAGCGUUUGCGGCGGAUUCAUUCACAGAAAAGCUCGCGCUCAUGGGCCUGGAGGCCAGGUGAGAAGAAGCCCACAAGUCGCUUAAUGUCCCUAGGCAGCUACUCGGAUUCCGUUAAUACCAGCUCAAAUGGCGGCCAUGUGCCAAGGCACUCUAGCACCAUCGUGGCAUCACCCGAGAAGUCAUCGAAAGUUACUUUGGAGAAGCAGAAGACGUCAAUCUUUGACCGUUAUUCCCAUGUCAUGAACCAACGUCACAAACCCACGAUGGAAUCGGUCGUAGUUGACCCUUCGACUAUAUCACAACUAGAGCCCUCGACAAGAAAAAGGAGGAAGUUACUGCGUGCUGAUGAUCCAAAUCGGGAUCCUUCCAUGGCUGCUAUUUCGAAUACAAAAAAAUCAUCAGUAUCACUUUCUGAUGAAGACGAAGAUGAAAUCAGUGGAGACGAGAACGUCAGCGGCGAGGAUUAUCAAGAGUACACCCCAGAUGUUAAUAUUGAUGACGAAAUUUUAAAGUUUAUUAAUGAUGCGGAUGAAAAGGACAUUGCUGACGUCGCUGACACCACUCUUGAUAAGGCUAGUAUGGUCGUCAAAAGCAGACCCUUUAAAAGUUUGGUUGAAUUCAGCCAAAUGGACUUUUUAACCGAGCAGGAAAUACAAAAGCAGCAAGAAAAGAAAAAAUCAUCCAGACGGGGACAACAGAAAAAAGACGGUGAUAAGCUGCUUGACAAAAUGAUACAGACAAUGAAAGGAUACAACGCUAUAGAUUCUUUGAUUAAAAGGUGCUCAUCUUAUGGUAGCUUAAUUGCUUCCCAGAUACAAAAAUGGGGCGUGAACGUCGAAGAUAUCCAGAGUGGUGAGCUCAAUUUCAUUGACAUUGGAGAUGAUGAAAGCGAAAGUGACGAAGGUGCCGAGAUCGGUAUUACUCAAGAAAGUGGUAGUACUGGGAUUACAAAGAAGUCGGGGAAAACAAAGAAAAGCGGCGACGAAAGCGAUUUUGAUGAUGAAGAGGACGACUACCAAGAUAGUGAGGACGAAGAUUAUGGAAGUCGAAGAACAAGACAUUCAGGCCGCGGAAGGGGAAGACCAAAACACAAAAACGUCAAAUUUUUCAAGCAGAAACCUAAACUUCUUUCUCCUGAUGUUACCUUGAAAGAUUAUCAGCAAACUGGUAUCAAUUGGCUAAACCUUUUAUACCAAAACAAUAUGUCAUGCAUAUUAGCGGAUGAGAUGGGACUUGGUAAAACCUGCCAGGUCAUUGCAUUUUUAUCUUACCUCAAGCAGAACAAUGAACAUGGACCUCAUCUGGUUGUAGUACCGUCAUCAACUUUAGAGAAUUGGUUGAGAGAAUUCAACAAGUUCUGUCCCGAUAUGAAGAUCGAGCCAUACUACGGCUCUCAGCAAGAAAGAGCAGAGCUGCGUGAUAUACUGGAAGACAACGAUGGUCAGUACGAUGUUAUUGUGACAACUUACAAUCUGGCCUCUGGUAAUAAGCAUGAUGUUUCUUUCUUAAAAAAUCGCGGCUUCAACGCAGUGAUCUAUGACGAGGGACACAUGCUAAAAAACUCGAUGUCCGAGCGGUUCAACAAACUCAUGAAGAUCGAAGCGAAUUUUAGGCUGCUGUUAACUGGCACACCGCUCCAAAACAAUCUGAAAGAACUAAUGUCUCUCCUUGAAUUCAUCAUGCCUAACUUGUUCGUCUCUAAAAAGAGCGAUUUGUCGGCUGUUUUUAGGCAAAGAGCCAGAACCUCAGAUUCCAACAAAGACUAUAAUCCACUGCUUGCACAGGAAGCGAUUGCUAGGGCCAAAACUAUGAUGAAACCUUUCAUUUUGAGGAGGCGAAAGGAUCAGGUUUUGAAGCACUUACCACAUAAGCAUUCUAAGAUAGAAUAUUGUGAGAUGACAGACGUUCAACGCUCUAUUUACAACAAGGAAAUUCAGCAGGUUCUAGAGCAUAAGAAAAUGGUUAAAGAGAGAGAAGAAAGAGGCGAGACGGCACCUCUUCCAAGCAAAAAUGGGGGUGCUCAAGCCUCUAAAAAUCUGAUUAUGUCUUUAAGGAAGGCAUCGCUCCACCCGCUAUUGUUCAGGCAUAUUUAUGAUGACAAGGUGCUCGACAAGAUGAGCCGAGCCAUCUUAAAGGAACCUGAAUACGCAGAAAAUGGUAAUAAAGAAUAUAUUCAGGAAGACAUGAGCUACCUAAAUGACUUUGAACUACACAGGCUCUGUUUGAAGUUUCCCAAGUCUUUAGGUAAAUUUCAGCUGAAGAAUGAUGAGUGGAUGGAGUCUGGAAAAAUCGGCGCUCUUGGAAAAUUACUCAAAGAUAUUAUUGAGCACAAAAAGGAGAAGGUUUUGGUUUUCUCGCUUUUCACACAGAUGCUUGAUAUCUUGGAGAUGGCCCUGACCACACUGAAUAUUAACUUUCUUCGUUUAGAUGGCUCAACUCAGGUCAAUGACCGCCAAGCACUGAUUGAUAAAUUUUAUGAAGACGAAAGUAUUCCUGUAUUUAUUCUUUCGACAAAAGCAGGCGGCUUCGGUAUCAAUCUUGUGUGUGCUAACCACGUCAUUAUUUUUGAUCAAAGCUUCAACCCACACGAUGACAAACAAGCGGCAGAUAGAUCACAUCGUGUUGGGCAGACGAAAACAGUUCACAUCACUACCCUCGUUACGCGCAACUCCAUAGAGGAAAAGAUCCUGCAGCUGGCAAAGAACAAGCUUGCGCUAGAUACUUACAUCAGCGAGGAUGACAAUAAAGCUACGGAAGCGCUUGAAAACAAGGUGAGCGACAUGCUCGAGGAUAUAAUUUACGAUGAAAGCAAAUAG